CUGGGCGACGACCUCCUCGUAGAGAUUCUGAUCCGCGGCCUCCGAAACCCUAGAUCCGCCUGCUCCUCCAAACUCGUCUGCAAGCGGUGGAGCUCCCUCAUCUCCGGUCCUCGCUUCAACCGCCGUUUCGUUUCUCACCACAGGGACAUCAUGAACCGUCGUCCGAUGCCGGACGAUCCGUUGGAGCUGCUACGGAUCAUCCGCAGCUUUCUCCCUCCAAUGCCUAAAGGAGUUGCAGACGCUCUGAGAGUUUUGGAUUGCAACAAAGGACUUGGUUUUAUGCGGGGUUCGGGACGAUUUAGCCAAAAAUCACGACAAGGGCGAACGAAAGCAGAUCGUACUUGGUCUGCAAUCCGUUUACGAAGCAGUGGGUCGCUCUUCCUUUGGCACCUAGCUAGGAAGUAUUCUCGCCGUUGUCGGAAGCAAGCGAGGUUAAGUUUGUGA